AAUAGAAUCGGAACCCACUGUUCUUCUCCACACAUCAACUCUAUCCAACAAUUAUCUUUAGCAUAAACAAUGGCUCUCACUCAUAAUUUUCUUCUCUUUUGCUCUCUUUUUCUUAUUUUCAGUCCCCCUUCUAUAGCACAAACAACAUUCAGGCCUAAAGCAUUAGUCCUUCCUGUAUCAAAAGAUCCAUCAAGUCUCCAAUACCUUGCCCAAAUUAACCAAAGAACCCCUCUAGUGCCUGUAGAGGUGACUCUUGAUCUUGGUGGUCAAUAUCUUUGGGUUGAUUGUCAGCAAGGAUAUGUCUCUUUGUCUAAAAAAAAUCCAAGUUGCAACACUGCUCAGUGCUCCCUUGCAGUCUAUAGGCUAAAGACAUGCACUGUCGACAAAAAAUUCUGUGUUUUAUCCCCUGACAACACUGCGACACGCACUGGCACUUCUGAUUACCUUACUCAGGAUGUUGUUUCCAUUCAAUCUACUGAUGGAUCAAAUCCAGGCAAAGUUGUUUCAGUCCCUAAUUUCCUCUUCAGUUGUGCUCCAACAUUUAUCCUGCAAGGUCUUGCUAAGGGAGUCAAGGGCAUGGCUGGACUUGGAAGGACUAAGAUCUCACUUCCUUCUCAAUUCUCUGCUGCUUUUAGCUUUCCUAGAAAGUUUGCCAUUUGCUUGACCUCUUCAAAUGCUGAAGGUGUUGUUAUCUUUGGAGAUGGACCUUAUGUUUUGCUUCCACGUGCUGAUGAUCUUUCUCAGUCCCUCAUCUACACCCCAUUAAUUCUCAACCCUGUAAGCACAGCAUCUGGUUACUUUGAAGGAGAGCCUUCCACUGAUUACUUCAUUGGAGUCAAGUCUAUCAAGAUCAAUGAAAACGUUGUUCCAUUAAACGCUUCAUUGCUGUCCAUUAACAGAGAAGGCUAUGGUGGAACCAAGAUUAGCACAGUAAAUGCUUACACGGUGAUGGAAACAACAAUCUACAAUGCUGUCACUGACUCUUUUGUCAGAGAGCUAGCCAAAGCCAAUGUCCCUAGGGUGGCAUCUGUAGCACCUUUCGGAGCAUGUUUCAACUCAAAGAACAUUGGCAGCACACGCGUUGGCCCAGCAGUGCCUCAAAUUGAUCUUGUCCUGCAAAGCAAGAAUGUUUACUGGAGGAUUUUUGGUGCAAACUCAAUGGUGCAGGUUAAAGAUGAUGUGUUGUGCCUUGGAUUUGUGGAUGGAGGAGUGAAUCCUAGGACUUCAAUUGUCAUUGGAGGCCACCAAUUGGAGGACAAUCUCCUACAGUUCGAUCUUGCUGCUUCAAGACUGGGCUUCAGCUCUUCCCUGUUGUUUAGACAAACAACCUGUGCCAACUUCAACUUCACCUCCAAGUCUUAGGAGGAUUUUAUUAAUUAUUUAGCAUGCUUUUGUUUGAUUUUCUAUUUUCUUUUUAUCCUAAUUCUAUAUGUUUCUAUGGCUUUCUAGGUUUUGUUUGUUAAGAGAGAUUAAGGUCUAUUGACCAGAUAUAGUUAUCAUCAGAUACUUUAGUUGCUGAACAGUGUGUUCAGAUAUGAAAUAAUAAAAUAAAGAUGGCCAUAUUUUCCCUUUCAA